AUGGAACAGGAAAAAAGCUACUCGUAUAGUUGGCCACCGGUUGGAGCUCCAUUGAAUGUAGAAACAGAGGACCACUGGAGACAUGUUGACAACUCUGUCAAUGCGGUGUCUUUUGGCUUUGUUGCAACCGCCAUUCUUAUCUCCAUGUUCUUAGUCAUGGCCAUCUUUGAACGGUUUCUUAAACCCAACUCUUCCCCUGGUGGCAGUAACCAUGAAGAAUCUCAGCUUAGUUUCAAUGGCAAGCUCAGCCACCCAUCACCAAAAAUGACAGUAUACACCAGUGGAGUUUCAGUUUUAAUGCCCGGGGACGAGAUUCCUACUUUCAUCGCACACCCAGCCCCGAUCCCCUGCCCCAAUGAAUGCCCUCCAUUGCCUCAGCAUCAACACUACACAUCAGUCAUUCCUAAAUCAAACACCUCUGCUAACAUUAAUGCAACUUAGGGAAGAAAAAUCAAAUAGCAUGUGCUACAUCAAACAAUGAGUGUGAUUUAUGAUAACUGUCCAGAACCAGGUUUUCUAUGAACAAGACUGUGAGUGCCUAGACCAGAUUAGAGUUGUCGUUUUUCAUUUUGGUCACAAGAUCGUUAUAUUGUAUAUAUAAUUAUAGGUAAGCUGACUGGUUUUGGCAACAUUUAAAUUGCCUUCCUGUCAAUUUCC